UACAAUGCUGUAUGUAUGGAGCUUUUAAGCAUCGUGUUUAAUUCAUAUACAGUAACUAACUAUACAGUAAUAUAUAUGAUUUUUCAUUUGUUACUCUCUUUUUUUUUUGGUUUUAGACAGAAAUGCCAAUGUUGUAUCCUUUUUAAAAUGUAAGCUAGCUAUGGAGCUUAAUUAAAAUUUUGUAAAUUACACUUAAACUAUAAUAUAGAACCUUUAUUGUAGUUUUUACAAAAAUUGUUUACAUAAAUACUUAAACAGGGCAUUUUUACAAGGUAAAAUGUGUACAGUACCAUGGACCUUUUAAACAAGCCUGAUUUGUUAAGCUUUUGUAAUGAUACAUUAAAGUAAGAUAAAAAUAUUUUUAAGCCUUGACCUGAGGCCUCAGUUUUCCUCUGUGCUCCUCCAAAUUCUGCUCUACCUCUCUGCACUCUACUACCUCUUCUACUUCUUUUCCAGCCUCUGUAUGAUCAUCUACAAAAGUCAGGUGUUGAGUUAUCCUGACAGUUAUUUAGUGCUAGAUGUGUGCUUGCUCCUGUUGAUGGCUGCUCUAGAGAUCUUCAGAGUCUGCUGGGGAGUAAGAGGCAACUUACAAGAGAGUGAAAGAUAUAUAGGUGCCAGUCUUCUCAUCACAGGAGCCACACUUCUGCUCUCAGUGUACUUCCUGGUGUGGCAGGCAUAUGUACUGAGGGCUGAUAUAAUUAUUAAUGCCAUCCUGCUCUGCAUCUAUGGUCUUUCUGGAUUAGCCGGCUUUGGAGCCCUUGCACGCUUUACAAGCAUUUACUCAUGAAACACUAGGUCUGUCCUGAUAUCCAUGUCUACAGCAGUGCUUCACUUGAUUUAUGGACUACAUGCUCCAGAAUGCACUAAUGCAGUUUCUCUGGCUUACCAAAAACACUGGUUAGAAGUAUGACGAGAGAAUGAAAACUGACAAAAUGCAGUUAAUUAUAAUUCUCUAAAUUUUUAACCACACAAAUUACUGUAGGAACGAGACAUUAACAAAAACAGUCUUUUUAAACUCUUUUUAAGACUUUUAGAUUUUUAAAAAUAAGGCAGGGGGUCAGGAAACAAUGUUGAAACACAACACAGUUUCCAUCAAGCUGUAACUGUAUCAGAAUGGUUUAUUGUUUAAAAGAUUUAUUCAUAUUUAUUUUCUGCUUAUAUGCAAAAAUAUCAUGCUUGCACCUCUAAAGGAAUGAAAAAAAAAGUGACUAGAUGUGUGACAAAUCUGUAGAACUGUUAUAACAUUUAACUGAUGAAAGAAUGCAAUUACACAGUGAUGUGUUGCUGCUGAAAAAUAUAUUUUUAUAACUUUUUUUGUUUACAGUUGCUUUUUUAUGAUGUUUUCUUUAAACAUUUGUUAUAUUAUCAGUUUGA